ACUGCAUCCACCUCGGUGACCACGCCGUCGUCCAAACGGGUGGCAGAACCACUCACCACCCCCAGCCACUCGGCCAGCUCCCGCUCCACAAGACCCCCUCUAGGAUCCACAUCGUCGUCCAAGAGCCUGGCUCCCCCUACAGGCCAGCUGCCGUCUCGCUACAACUCCAGCCUGCUUGAGUACUAUACCAACAACUCGUUCUCCCGCUCUUUCAACAGCUUGAUUCUCGAUGACAUGAAGGACGAGUUCGUGCCAGCGCCAGGUCCUGCUCCCAAGAAGAAGAUCAACAAGUCACCUCCAUUCAACGUCAAGAAAGACUACCCCAACGACAAAUUGGACGACCACUACACCGAGGACGACGACAUCCAAAUCCUCCACCAUGUCCACCACCACCCCAUAGUGGUAGACCUGGACAACGAUGCCGACGACGACGACGAAAACUACAGCAUGCGCUCCGAGUUCGCCUUGGUCAGACGUCCGCACGUCAAGCACAAGUCCAGCUCGAGCUCCAACCUUGGCCACUCCCGUACUCGCAGCACCAGCGGCCACCACGCCAGCCACAGCCUAUCGCAGACCAGGACCCACUCCCACAAUCACAAGAAGCUGGAAGACAUCCUUGUAGGGUCCGAAGGCGAGGACCCCGAAAAAGUCCACUCCCAGCAAUCAUCCAUCAAGCGGUCCUCCAAGUUCCUCAACUUGUCGAUAGACUCCAACCUCCGCUCCAUGAACAACAAGGUAACAGAAGACUUGGAUUAUAUCAGCGACUUGAACGAAAUCGACUCCUCCAUCAUAAAACCCAAUUCUGCAUCAAUAAGCCGGGAACAGACCCCAAUAGAGAACCUGAGUCCCAUCACCAACCGGGCCUCAGUAAUAAACAAUAACAAUAAAUUCAAGAGACCCCACAAGUUGGUCAGUCAAAGUCCCUCACCUUCUUCCACCAAGAUUAAUGCUCUGAAGGCUAUGAUUUACCAGUUCAACAAAUCUCCAGAACAAGUGAACGACGAUACAGGAAUCCCGGCUGCCUUUUAUACCCGUCCUCCCAGCAACAGAAUGGCGAGCAACGAUCUGCUUGACUUUUAUUCACCUUCUAAGCUCGGAAGAAAAGGAUUCAAAAUGUUCAAAAAUGCAGAUAAGGAUGCCAUUAUUUCUCCUAAUAGAUCCACGCCUGAAAGGCCGACCAGAGUUGGUCUCUCCAUUUUUGCAGAUAGGAAACAACCUUCUGGCUCUACCAGUCAUCCGUCUUCUUCUAGUAAGUUGCUUUCCGGUAACAAGCUUAGAAAAACUUCAUUGAAAUAUAACAAGUCGCCAUUCCAUGGACAAAGUUCUUCUCCAGUGUCAAACAAUUUCGAAUAUUAUAAUAUAGAUGAUAUGGAUUUUGAUAGUCCAUCCAAAAACAGAAAGCUUUCGAAUGGCUCCAACAAUUCUAUUGUCAUAUACCAAGAUGAUCCUCUAUCUGCUCCAGUGAGUGCUAGAAAAGUUCAAGCUGGCACAAACCCCCAUCAAGUUACUCAUCCUCCAUUUUCACCAACUCCAUCUACGCAUAAUACUGGUGAUUUUGACGACAAGGAAAACAAAUCUUCCUAUAGAUUUGUGAAGCCAUUACAAACAGCAUUCAAAUCUACUGGACUUGUUAAGAAAAACUCUAUUUCAAAAGAAUCACGCAAGUUGCCUCCAGAGACUCCAAUAAAAAAGAAUCCAUUGAUGUUAAUAAGCACCAACAAGUCCAGUUUAUCAAAUAUUAUUUCUUCAGCUCACGAGGAAAUGAUGGAUGAUAACUCUGAAAUAUCAAUUGAAGUUGGUAGAAAUAAUAUUUCGGCUUAUAACUCUACGAUGAACGAAUCAAAUUCAUCAUUUUUCCGGAUACCGUCAACCAACAAUUCAUCACAGAAGACUACUCACUUGAAUAUUCUCAAUAAUGCUGACUUGGAUAUCGAUUUGAGUUCAGAUAUUGAAAUUAGUAUACCCGAGACUCCUACUAAAUCAGUUAAGAAGUCACAUUCGACUCCUGCAAAUUUCAGCCCGCUAUCCAUUUCAACUACUUCUCUUGACUCAUUCCCUCCUCCAACUUCAAGGUACCAUGAACCAUCCACACCUACCAACUUAAUGCAUAAGGGUGGAAUACUACCCUCCAAGAACCACUCCAAUCUUCAUCAUCAGCUUCUUGACAAUGCAGAUCAAUCACAAUCUAUGAUUCCACAUACUCAAGAAAAUCUGGAAGAAGAAUCAAAGAGUACUCUCUCAAAGAUCGAUGACCACCUUAUUAAUAAGUUUGGAAUGAAGAACAUAAAGUACAUCGGAGCAGGUGAAUUUUCCAUCGCGUAUGAAUGCAUUUUCCAAAAUCAGAAGUUAGCAAUUAAGCGUUCCAAAAAGCCUAUAAUUGGAAAACUGGAACGUAAGGCUAUCAUGAGGGAAAUUGAAGCAUUGCGAGCAUUGACUUCCGUAAAAGACAAUGAGAGUAUUAAUUUACAGGAGCAAGAGGAAGGCAAGGAGUACCUUGUGUACUUCAUUGAAGCUUGGGACUUCAAUAAUUACUACUACAUAAUGACAGAGUACUGUGAUAAUGGGACCUUAUUUGAUUUCUUGGAAGAACACAAAAAUUACAAGAUUGAUGAAUUCAGAAUUUGGAAGAUCCUAAUUGAAAUUCUCAGCGGGUUAAGUUUUAUUCAUCUGAAGAAUUAUUUGCAUUUGGAUUUGAAACCAGCUAACAUCUUCAUCACCUUUGAAGGUACUUUAAAGAUUGGGGAUUUUGGUUUGACUACCAAGUUACCAAUAUUGGAAAAGGAUUUCGAUUUGGAAGGAGACAGAAACUAUAUUGCGCCCGAAUUGAUCAAUGAUAAGAUUUACACUCCUUUUGCCGAUAUUUUCAGCUUGGGUUUGAUAAUCUUGGAAAUUGCAGCCAACAUUAUCUUGCCAGAUAAUGGAACGCCAUGGAGAAAGUUGAGAAGUGGUGAUUUGAGCGAUGCAGGGAAAUUACUGAGUGAUAAUAUCAGCGAUUUCUUACAGCAUCAAAACUUCUCCAGUUUGACAUCCUAUAAUACCAAUAUGAACUUUUCAUCAAACCAUGACAAUUGUUUGCAACAACCUGCUCAGACGACGUCCAGCGUUAGAAGUUUGAAGGGGCUCAUUCCACAAUGGGCUCCUGAUUUCUUGGUGAGUGGCGAUUCAAUGAACUUGGACAAAUUGGUGAACAAGAUGUUGCGGCCGAAUCCUUUCGAUAGGCCAAACGCCAAGAUGAUUUUGGCCAUGGAGGAAUGCCUGAUAAUUGAAAACCGCAGAAAAGCAGGUGCUACCAUUUUCGAAGGAGAAUUUGGCCCCAACAUUGACGAGGAUGAGAUGGCUAAUUGAUGAGGGUAAUGAAUAUUAAUGAAAUAAAUGAUAAUUUGACUUUGCGUAGAGAUGGUGUU